UAGACCAUCCUUGACUAAACCCUAAGGUUUGGCAAACUGAGAAAUCAAACGGUGCUUCCGCUUAAAAAGAGAAAAAUUCAAAUUCUUUUCCCAAAAGACUUUCCUUCUUUUUCUCGAUCAUCAUCAGAUUCAUAUUACUCAUACUCCUCUCUCUAUGACUUCGACUAUGUCGGUUCCUUCGUCUCAAACAAAAUCGGAAAAUCCAGCGUUUUAUCAGAAUCGCAAACCCUUACUAUCAUCGCCUAAUUCGAAUUCCUCCGUGUUCGAAGUCUCACGCUCAUCAUCAUCUCCCACACGUGUGGCCAUUCACGGACGCUCUCACUCUCCGAAGUCUCCGUACGGAACAAGAUCUCCAUUCUCGUUACUGAAGACGAAGCAGAGCAAUGGCGGCGACUGCGUCGGGGGAUUAGUCUCUAGCCGAAAGAGGACGUGCGUUUGUUCCCCAACGACGCACCCAGGCUCGUUCAGGUGUUCCCGCCACAAGAUUUUGACGGCGACAAAGGCGGCUAAUAACGAUCAAUUUCGGGCGUCGUGUAAUUCGAGUAGGUUAAGCUACAGAAGAUCGGCGAUGCUGAACUCACUAGUGAGGAUUGGUGGAGUAGAAGGCGAGGAAUUGGCUCGGAGAGCUUUAUCGUCUCCGAUAAGACCGUCUUCGCACAGUCAACGGCGGCUUAUAGCAUUCGAGCCGCGGCCUAGCCGGCUCCGUGUCAUGUCCAAAGCCGAAGAUUCUUGAUUGUUCUGGUCAUGGUGUUUGUUUAGUAGUAAUUGUGUGAUAUAUUAGUAUUGUUUUCUGAUGAUUUUUUUAAUUCUUGAAAACAAUUAAUAGACUGUUUUUGUUAACGAUUGUUUGUACUUUGUUGUGUACAUAACUGUGAAUUUAUUUAGAUUGAAAUCAACUCUUCUCCUUUAACUAGAAACU